UUGAUGAACAUCUGAAUAUAAAAAUCUUGCAAAUUCGAUUCAAAAAUUCAGUAACUAAUCAGCACAGUUACAGUAGACAGUCUAUUAGAACUAGAAUCAUGAAAACUAUUCAAUUAUUUUUGGUAACCAUUUGUGUAGCUGUUGCCGUUUCCCAUCCAGGCGGUGGACACGAUGAGAAGUUCAAAGAAAAACAUAAGAAAAUGAUGGAAUGUCAUGAGCAGACCAAAGCUUUAGGUCAAUGCUGUGAAUUCCCGAAACCAAAAGAAGAAGAAUCAGAAUGCAAAACAGAACAUUUAAUGGGCAUUGAAACAAAAGAAAAGAAGGAACAAGGAAAGGCCUUUAUGUGCUUCAUGGAUUGUGAAUUUAAAUCCAAAGGAUUCAUUGAAGGCAAGGAAGUUAAAUGGGACAAGAUUAAGGAAUACGGUGAAGCUCAUAAGGAAGACGCACCUGGUUUUGAUGAAGUUGGAAACUCUGCUCUUGAGUUCUGUGAAAAGACUUUCAAUGAAAAAAUGGAGAAAUUCAAGAAUAUGAAGCACGACAAACCACCAAAAGAUAAGGAAGACAAGGACGGCAAAGAUGGAAAGCAUUGUGGUUUCAUGGCUGUUGGUAUUACUGGAUGCUUGGGAGGCUACGUUACAAGAAACUGUCCUGAUGAUAAGUGGAAGAACACUGACGAGUGUAAUGCCGUUAAAGCAAAUUCUACAUCCAUUGAGGAGUGCAUGGCUUAAGUUAAUAUUGAUGCAACUUGCCAUUUUGCUGUUGAGGCUUGAAAAAAAUUAACUAAAAGCACGAGAAAAUCAUAUUAUAGAGGAACAG